UGAGCAAAGCUGUAAACUCCAGCCCGCAGUUCGGUUCUUUAGAAACGAGUUACUUCCGUUACUAUCUGUUGGACGUCUGACCCUGCCCGUUCAGUAAAAGCGGGCAAGGCUUCCAAAAUGCCACGCGUUCACAGUCUGUUUGCAUUGUUAGUGUUCUUAGUGUUUCUUUCAGCUGGAUUUACAACUGUAUUCGCUGAGGAUAGUGGUUCGGGUCAUGAUGAAUCAGUUAGUGAUGUUUCAUCUGAAGCGAAAUACGCAGGUAAAACUGAGACGCAAAUUGAUACCGAUGAAGCGUUAGAAGAUGACGAUAAAGAUGCGGCACUGAAACCUUCAGAAAAGUUUAAAGCACGUCAUCAUGAAAUUGAAUUAGUGGAAGAUGUGCCAGAAACGAUAGACAGAAAGGAAACAGACGCUGAAGGCGUUCCUGAUACCCCCGAAACGAACCCGAGUGAUGAUAGGACAAGAUCAGGGAAUUUAGAUGUCUACUAUGACUGUAAAGACAACAGGUUUGGCCCUCCAACCCAUCGACUUGGCCCAAGAGAAAGCGCCUAUGUCAUCACGGAGACUCGUCUUAGGGAGAUCCGCAGCGAAUUCCUGUACUGUUUCUUUGAUAAGGGUGGCGAUGAUGGCAAUGGUGACUACCAGCAAGACAUCCACAACUCUGUACCUCAAAUCCACAAGAAUUUCAACUUCCAACUGCCUUUCUAUGGGUUCCGGUUUAAUUAUACCAGACUUUCCAUGAAUGGGUAUCUUGAGUUCAGUGAUCCACCAGAGCACUACACGUACCCCCUGGUCUUCCCAAUAAAGGAAUGGCCCAAGAAGAAUGACCCAGCCUUCAUUGGGAUCUUCUUCAGCAAAUCUCGUAUUGGCAAGAUCCGGAAUGAAGAUGUUGACCAAAGGAGGCCAGGAGUGUACUUCCGCCUAGAGAGAGAUCUGCAGUCUCGUACUGACCAGUUUGGUGUCGAGAUGAGGGAACGCCUGAAAUGGGACAUCCGUGAAGGAAUAAUUGGGGCUGACACCUUUAAUCCCAAACAUGCUAUAAUUGUCACAUGGAAAAACAUGUCAUUUGCUGGUGGCAUUGAUAAUUCACUAUACAGAACAAAUACUUACCAGCUGGUGCUGGCCACAGAUGAGGUUUAUUCAUAUGCCAUAUUCAAUUAUGUUAAUUUACAAUGGACCAGUCACACAGAAGCUGGCGGUGACACAACAACUGGAGAGGGUGGUGUGCCUGCAUUUAUUGGAUUUAACGGAGGAAAUGGGACUCAGAGCUUCGAAUAUAAACCCUACUCUCAGGAUUCAGUUUUACGAGACCUUGUCGGCAGAGGCUGGACUAACGGCUUCCCAGGAAGACAUAUUUUCCGCAUUGAUGAGAAAAUCAUGGUUGGAAAUUGCAACAAAGAUAUUGCGGGAGCAAAUCUUCUGUUAAUGUUUGCUCCAGAGAGUGGUAACAUGUUGGGAGGCACUGUGGUUAACAUUACUGGGCCCUGUUUUGUUCCCGGAGAGAAAAUUCAAUGCAGGUUUGAUGACACAACAGUAACGGGAACAGUAGUGGAUUCCAACAGAGCCAUUUGUGUACAACCAUUUAUGAUGGCUGAGGGCUAUGUGCGUUUUGAGAUAGCAACUGGAGUAUCAAAAUUCAACUGGAAAGGAAAAUUCUUUGUUGAGACUCCAGCCACAGCAACAGAUAGAAUAUUUUUUGAAGGGGACUCUGUCCAUGAAAGGGCUCCAGCUGAGAUUAGGAUUUCUUGGAACAAACACAAUUUAACCACCAGUGAAAGUGCGCCUAUCAAGAUCUCACUGUGGGGAUAUAAGGAAACAACGAUUCGCCCAGAACUGCUGUACAUCGACAUGAUUGAGGAGAGCACAGUGAAUUCUGGCAGUUACAUCAUCUCACCGGGCAACUUCAGAUCACGCUCUAAUCCAGGAACUGAUAAUCUGAAAUUUGGAUUUAUUCACAUCAACCUGACCAAUCCAACACAGCAUGCAGGCCUUACGGUAUCUCCGGUCCUAUGGAGUAAACCGAUUCCAUUGGCUUGGUAUUUCAAUGGCCAAUGGGAACGCAAAUAUGGAUCCAGAUGGAGUGAGGAACUGUGUAAUGACUGGAUAACUGAUGAUCGUUACCUCAAAAAUUUUGCUGCUGAAGUUUCACAGUGCCCCUGUACAUUGGAACAUGCCUUGGCUGAUAAAGGACGCUUCCUGCCAGACUUUGAUUGUGACAAGGAUGCCAACCCGAGCUGCUUCUAUCACAAGGGUGCGGUACACUGUGUCCGUUCUGGAGCUCCAAGUCAGAUUGGUUCAGGCCAGCAAUGCUGCUAUGACAAGAACAACUACCUUAUGCUUAGUUAUGACCAACAGUGGGGAUCAUGGCCCCACAGGUCACAUAACCUUGGUUUCUUGCCCUGGAAUGAAGCCAACAAGGUACCAACACUGUCACACUGGUAUCAUGACAUUGCACCAUUCUACAUGUGCUGCCUGUGGCAAGAGGAGCAAGCAGUUGGUUGUGAGACAUUCCGAUUUGAACGCAGACCCACGCAGGACUGCGUUGCAUACCAGUCACCUUUUGUUGCCACUGUGUUUGGUGACCCACAUAUCAUCACAUUUGAUGACUUGGAGUACACGUUUAAUGGGAAAGGAGAGUUCGUUUUGUUACAUUCUGACACUCCAAAACAGAAAUUUGAUGUUCAGGGUCGUUUUGAGCAGCUCCCUGACAAUAUCUACGGGGAGGUGAGAGCCACACAGCUGACAGCCAUUGCAGCGAGAGACAACACUUCGGCUAUCAUAGAAGUACGUCUGAGACCUAAGCAUGCCCAGUGGAGGUAUCAUCUUGAUGUGUUUGCCGCUGGGAAGAGGGUGUACUUUGACAGGACAUCCUUGAGGAUCCAGCACUUCCCUGGAGUCACAGUGUACAUGCCAACGUACAUUCUGAACCAGUCAGAGAUAAUAAUGAUGUUUGAAUCUGGUGCUGGAGUCGAGGUUGUGGAGAAUGAGGGCUUUAUGACUACAAGGGUCUACUUACCAUGGUCUUUCAUGAAUCAAACGAGGGGCCUUUUUGGAAACUGGAGUCAUGAUAUCAUAGAUGAUUUCACACUUCCAAAUGGUAUGAUGGGAAGUGUUGGAACAAACAUCAAUAAUUUUGAAAGUAUUCACAAGGACUUUGCAUUGCAUUGGUUAUUAGAGGACAAAGAUGAUCCCAAUAAAGGGGUUGCUCUCUUCACCCGAGAAUUUGGCAGAACUGCGAGUUUCUAUGCCAACAAGACCUUCGUGCCAGAGUAUCGAAAGAAUCCGCAAGAUAUCAUUCCUAGUAACAGGACUAAGGACAUUGAAAUGGCGAUCAGUUUGUGUGGAGAUGCAUAUCAGUGCCUCUACGACUACUCACUGAGUCUGAACAGAGAUAUGGCUCAUUUCACCAGGAACUAUCUGGACAGUUUUGUGAACAUUAAAGCAAAGAACAAGGAAAGAGUGAUAUCAUGUGGCGUUCUGGAGACUCCUCGGUUUGGACGCAAAAGUAACUUCCUUUUUGUGCCUGGGACCAAAGUGACUUUUGAAUGUAAUCAAGAUUUUGUUCUUAUUGGAGAUCAACGCCGUGUCUGCACAGAGACAGGGCGGUGGGACACUCCUGUGUACGGAUACACUGAAUGUCUACGUCAGCAGGAGUAUUCGUCACGCCAAAUUGGGAUAACAUUUGGUGUGAUUCUGGGUGUGAUGGUACCAAUAAUCCUGAUUGGAGCAUGCAUCGCUUACCACAUUAUUAAGAGACGUAGAGUUAAGGACACAUCUACCGAAUCAUGGCACUAUAAGCCAGAGCUAGCACCUGCUAUGGCACCUUCCAUAGCACCACUGAAAGCAAACACUUUCAAUGCCUACCGCCGCAGCGAAGGUGCAGCAAGUGACCGCAGUGACCGGAGCAGCUCGGGCAGCAGCAGUUUGGGUGGGAUGAAGAAACGCAGGAUGUAUGACCGUUCAUAUCGUACUCAUGAACCACUUCCUGGAAAGCCACCUGUUGAUUUUGAUGAAAAGUUAUGGGACCUGGGGGAGGAAGCUGAGGGAAGGGGUGCGGACUCAUCACUUACUACAAGUGAUGAAACAUACUCUGACAUGAGCAGUAAAGCUGUAUAUAGGCACAGUCGUGAGACAGUUAUUUACUAAACAGCAUGUGACAUCAAAGUUCAGAACUUACAGUAUUAUCAUUUCACUGAAGAAAUGUUAUAACGUGUUGUGAUAAAAAGAAAUCAGUGAAGAAACAUUAUAUUAAAAAUAAUCUUGAAUUCUUGAACAUUUCUUCACUACAGGACCAUGGAAACACAUAAAUUAGCGUAGAAUAUGUUCCCAAUUUAUCAUACAAAUGUUUAUAAUGAGGCCCAAAAAACCAAAUGUUCUAGCCUCUAAGCAUUUCUGCUGCCCCCUUUUUUGGGAUUUGUAUCUCCACGACUGUAAAAGAGAGUGAAGAUUUUUGUACUAGUAAUUUAACAUACAUAGUACCUGUUCUUUGCCCAGGCUGCUGUUCUUGUCAAUACUACGAUAUAAAGCUGCUAAAACUUUAAAAGAGGGAAUAACUCUUAAAUUUAAAAAAAUUGAGAAUUACUCACAUAAUUAAGAAAGAACAGGAAACAAAGAUCCAAAUCGCACCCAAAAACUCUACCACAAUACUUGCAUAUUGCAUUAGCAGACAUGGCUCCAGUACAUAUCAGUAAGAGUGCAGUGCAAAUUUCUUUAAUAUCUUUGAGCAUUCUCUUUUGGGUCUGCAGUAGGAAACAAAUAAGUUGCCCAUAUAUAUAUAAUGGGAGCUGGGAUAGCGCAGUUGGUAUAGCUACUGGCUACAGGCUGGAUGACCGAGGGGUC